AUGUCGGACCUCAUGGAACAGGCGCAGGCUGUGCUGACGAAUUUCAGUGCGGAGUUGCUGCUCUUCGGUGGGGCGUUCCUGCUCCAAUUCUUCCUGUUCGGCAACGUGCUUUGGCCGUGGAAGAAGCGAGGCAAGGGAAAGGCCAAGAAGAUCGACUCGAGUCCAUCAAGCCAGGAGAUUGAGAACAUCCUGGAGGCAACUCAUGCCGCCUUCGAGCAGGGAGACCACCGCACAGUUCUUCGCAAGUGGGGCACCCUGCAGAGGGCCGGCGAUGUCCCAGCAGAGACUUUGGUGCAGGUGGUGGAGUCCAUGCAGCGCCUCAGGAAGGACCGGAGCUUCAUCCUGGCGGAGGUCAAGGGCCUCGUGCUGAAGAGCGACGCGGCACAGAGCGUGGACUACAUGAACGACCUUCUGACUCCACUCACCAAGUCAUUGGAUGCCGGCCUCAUCACCAAUUUGCUCACCGUUUUCUCGAAGGUUGGCGUGGAAGCAAACAGCAGGACCUAUGAGAUUCUCAUGCACCUGCACUUCGCAACUCGCAGCUUCGAGGAGGUGAAGGAUUUGGCGAAGCAGAUGCGCCAGAUCGGCCUGCAUGCGACCCAGAGAACCACCCUGGUGAUGCUGAAGACCUUCCUGCAGGAGGGCUGCCUCAGUGACGCGCUGCAGUGCUAUUGCGAGCUGCCUUGUGACCUGCCCAAGCACGUGGGCACGCAGCUGGUGGAGAUCGCCUGUCGGGAGAGGCGCAUGGAGGAGGUGCUUCCGAAGCUGGAGACCGGGCGCAUUCCCAUGACAACGGACUCCCUCAACCUCAUGCUGAACGAGUCCCUCCGCAGUGCCCAACCCGAGCUGGCGAAGAAGGCCUUGGAGCUCGCUGGUCAGCAGAAGGUGGAGAAGAACAGCCGUACCUACAGUUUGUUGGUACGCUCCGAGAACGACUCCGCUGAGAUCCGGCGCCUGCUGAAAGAGGUCGGCGCGUCAGGUGUGGAUGCCGUGGUGUCGCACGCGGUGCUCGAAGCAUGCGCCAAGAUGCGCGACGUGAAGCUGGCCGAGAGCUUGUCAGAGAUGCUGAACCCCAACGAAGCCAGCCAGGCCCCGGCCUUCAUGGCACUGAUCCGGUUCUACACGGAGGCCUCCGCGCCCGAGAAGGCCCUGGCGCUCUACGACAGCCUGGUAAAGGUCGAAGGCGACAAAGAGCGGCGCCGGCUGCCCAUCGAUGCGCGGACCAAGCACUGCUUGCUGGCAGCAUCGAGGGCCUGCAACCGAGAGGACAUUUCGGUGGAGCUCCAGGAAGUGGAUCCAUCCCGAGGUGUGGCCAUGCUGAGCGGCAAGAAGAACGACAUCGACAGCGUCCUGAGCCUGCUGGAGGGGCCCGCCAAGCUGCCGGGCACAGCUUGGAACAUCGCCUUGGACACCUGCGUGGAGAACGGGGAGCUGGAGAAGGCCAAGCAGCUCGCCAAGCGCAUGAAGGACGCCGGCGUCAUGGACGUGGUGUCCUACAACACCUUGAUCAAGGCAUAUGUGCGGCACAAUCUCUUUGACCAAGCCAGUGCGCUUCUGCUGACCAUGCGCCAGGAUCCGGCAGCCAUGCCCAACACCGUGACCUACCACGAGCUCAUCAGCGGCCUGCUCAAGACCGGCAAGGAAAUCAACAGGACGCGUGCCUGGGAGCUCGUCAACGAGAUGAAGGAGGACGACGUGUUGCCCAACAAGCCCAUGGUGUCAAAUCUGCUGCGGAGUUUGAGGCCGAAAUCCCAUAGCUCCGAGAUCAACCGCGCCAUGCAGCUGGUGGACUCAAUCCAGCACCAGGUGGACGAGGGCCUGCUGUGCACGGUGCUGGAAGCCGGUGUGCGGGUGGGCAAGGCGCAGGUGCUGCAGAAGAAGCUGAAGACCUUCCACGGGGACCAAGCCGAGUUCCCCGUGAAGAUCACCGGGGCCCACAGCUUUGGCUCCCUUAUCAAGGCCUAUGGCUUUGUGAAGGAUGUGGCGGGCGCCUGGAAUUGCUGGAAGGAGAUGUCCGUGCAGCACCUCAAGCCAACCAACAUCACGCUUGGAUGCUUGGUGGAGGCCGUGGCCAGCAACGGCGACGUGGACGGUGCACACGAGCUGAUCCAGCGGCUCCUUGAAGACCCGGAGACCAAGUCCCAGGUCAACGCCGUGAUCUAUGGAUCUAUCCUGAAGGGCUUCAGCCGGAAGAAGCGCAUGGAUCGUGUGUGGGAUGCCUUUGAAGAGAUGAAGAAGCAUGGAAUUGCUCCAACCCUCAUGACUUUCAACGCAAUCUUGGAUGGCUGUGUCCGCAACGAGGAGAUGAGCAAGGUGCCCGAGCUUCUGUCCCGGAUGCAGAGCGUAGGCUUGGAACCCAACUUGAUCACCUACAGCACCAUGAUCAAGGGCUUCUGCAACACCGGGGACAUGCAGUCCGCCUUCUCCAUCUUCGAGAAGCUGCAGAAGGGGCCGGAGGUUCCCGACGAGGUGGUGUAUAACACACUGCUGGAUGGCUGCCUUCAAGCCGGCCUGGCGGAUGAAGGAGAGCAGCUGUUGGAAGCCAUGAUGGCACAGGGCCUCGCGCCCAGCAUCUACACCCUCAGCGUGCUGGUGAAGCUUCUGGCCAGCGCCAAGAGGCUGGACAAGGCCUUCAAGAUGGCGGAGAACGCCUCCGUGCGGUUUCGCUUCCGUCUGGGUGCGCAGCUGCAGAGCGCCCUUCUGCAGGCAUGCAUCUCCUGCCGAGCAUACGAGCGCGGCGCACGCUUCUACCUGAAGACUCACAAGGACCGCCUGUCAGCUGACAAGAAGAUUUGCCAGACAAUCAUCCGUGGUCUCCUGACGACCGGCAAGGCCGAGCUCGCUGCGGAGCUGCUUCGCUCGCUGCUGGGGCUGCACAGCUCUGAGGAGGUCUUGCAGCAUCGUGCGACGCAAGAUGUGGACGAGGCCUUGGCCGUGGAAGUGCUCGAAGCCUUGGGCUCUAGGGAUGCCUGGCAUCUCUACGAGAGUCUCAAGGCUGCCAAGCCGCAGUUCACCGUUGGGCCAGAGCUCCUGAAAAGGAUGACUGCCUCAAAAGGACACAACAAGUGCCGGUGA